AUGGCAGCACACAUCUCCCGACUCACUCUGCUGGCGCUGGCUACAGCGAUUGGGCGUUCGUCUGCCGCCACGGUCUCGUAUGCAGUGCCGACGAGCGUUCAUUCGGGCAGCACGGCCUACGCGACGGUCGAGCCAGCGUCGCUGGGCAUCUCGUUUGAGUUCUUCGCCUUUCCCUCGUACUUUACCAACGUCACGGCCACGCUGCAGUGCCUGGCCAACUGGGAGGCGUUGACGGGAGUGUGGCCGCCCAUCCGCAUCGGUGGCACGACCCAGGACCGGGCCACGUACGAUCCGACGACGUCGGCCUACGUGGUCUACAGCGUGGCCAGCGCGACCGAUGCGCCGGCCGCGCUGACGUACGGGCCCGCGUUCCUGGCGCUGGCCGGAACGUAUGGCGGCAGCGUGGUGCUGGGCCUCAACCGCGAGAGCGGCAAUGUGAGCAACACGAUUGCAGCUGCCCAGGCGGCCGUGUCGGCCAUCGGCAACCGUCUGCUGGCCGUCGAGCUGGGCAACGAGCCGGACUACUGGGGCCGGACGGUGGCCGACGACUUUGCCUCGCAGAAUAGCUGGGACAUCUUGGUGGGCCGUGCCGUUGGCCGCGAGCAUUUCGUGCAGGCGGGCAACUGGCUGAGCAGCGUGUCGACCUGGGGCGCAGCCGCGCUGAUUGCCACCGAGAACACGACAGCGCGCAGCUACGUCGCCACGUACGCCCACCACGACUAUCCGGGCGGCUCGCUGACGUCGCUCAUGGCACACGCCAACGUGGCCGCCAACAUUGGCGGAUUCGCAGCCGACGUGGCCGCUGCCCAGGCCGUCGGCCGGCCCUACGUCUUGGGCGAGACCAACUCGGCCACGGGAGGCGGCGCCUCCUCCGUGUCCCCGACCUACGGCGCCGCCCUCUGGACGCUCGACUUUGCCGUGCGCGCGGCCGCGGCCAACAUCUCGCGCACCUACUUCCACCACGGCACCAUCGGCAACUGCCAGUACUGCUUCUGGGGCCGCCACGACAUGGGCGCCCCCUACUAUGGCGCCACGGCUGCCGUGGCCUUUCUCGCCGGCGCCAGCAGCCUCGCUGCCCUCGACGACGGCAAGUCGGCCUAUGCGGCCUAUGCGACCUUUGAUGCGGCCGGCAAGCCGCUGCGGGCGCUGCUCUACAACUCUGACUACUACGGCGGCUCUGGCACGCGCUCUGCCACCGUCUUCACCCUCACUGGCCUCUCUGGCAUCGCUGCCGGCUCGACUGUCCGCGCCAGACGGCUCACCGCUGCCAGCGCCCUCGCACGCCAGGACAAGGGCAGCCUGCCAACGUGGGCCGGCCAGACAUACACCAACGGCAACUGCGUCGUCAGCGGCACCGAGACGUACGAGACGGCCACCGUGUCGGGCGGCCAGGCCAGCUUCACGCUGCAGGCAUCAGAGGCUCUCGUGGUGGAUUUGCAAUAA